CCCCGCCACUGGCGCCCGUUCGUAAUUCUCGCCUUGUAGAUAAUCGGACUUUGGACUUUUGAAUGAACCCGCGUUUACCCUACCUAAUAGACGGACUUGUGCGUCCCAUGCUACCAGAGAACAGAGAAUAAACCAAAACAUUACGGUGCUGAUGUUCGUAUCCGAAACAGUGAGAGCUCGAUUUUGAUUUUAUCCCAAAAACAGCAAAUCUUCGCGAGUUUUUGAUCAAGUCAGUGCAGCGCAUCGAUCUGCCACAUUUUCCGCCGAUAAUCGGAGCCUACCUGUGAUAUUUUCUUGUAUUUACCCUACGCAACGUUGGACAGCAAAAUGUCUAGAAUAGUGUUGAAGCAGAUUUCCCAUCAUCGCCUCUCCCAGCACAGUCAAGCGGGCGCUGUAGGGCUGCUCACUUUAAUUGGCAAUGAGAGACGCAUGUUUUCGAUCAGCGCAUUAAAGUCCCCCAAAGGCAUCAGCAGCGCGAAGAAUCAACUGAACAAACGGCUGCUGACUCAAAUCAGGCACAACAGCGGCAUCCUGAAGUCGCCUCUUGGUCCUUGCACGACCAUUCCAAACGAAAAUAUUGUUCAACACAUCUACAAAGGCAUCGAUGAAUGGAUUGAAGAACCAGCAGCCACAUGUGCUGUAUCUGGAAGAAGCUACACUUACGGAAUGUUGAGGAUGUUGAUAAACAGAUGCGCGCAGGCUUUAUUGAGCCACUGCGGCCUCAAGUCUGGAGAAGUUGUCGCUCUUCUGCUGCCCAACAUUCCCGAGUACAUUAUCGUAUGCCACGGAGCCAUGGAAGCCGGCCUCACUGUGACUUUCGUCAACCCCCUGUACACACCUGACGAAAUCAAGCGACAGUUUGAAAAUGCCGGUGUGAAAAUGAUCAUCACCAUCCCGCUGCUGCUGGAAGUUGCAACCACGAUUGGCCCAACUCUUCCAGGAUACCGAUCAACCAUUUGCAUUGGAGGCGAUGAUGAUCCGUCGAAAAACGUCCAUGGGUUGAUGAGCCUGUUGUCGGCAGGAUACGAAGCUGAGCUACCGGAAAUUCAUCCGGAUCAGCUGGCUUUGCUGCCUUAUUCCAGCGGAACUACGGGUUUACCCAAAGGCGUCAUGCUGUCCCAUCGGAAUCUCGUUGCCAACAUGAUCCAGGGCGAUCAUCCAGCGCUCAUUGGAAACAUCACAACUAAAAGUGGAGAAAAACACAAGGCGCUCACAGUCCUGCCAUUCUUCCAUAUUUAUGGCUUCAACGGCAUCAUGAAUAUUUGCUUACGCUUAGGAAGUCAUAUCAUCACCAUUCCCAGGUUUACCCCUGAGGACUACCUGAAAGCACUGGAAACCUACAAACCGACUUACCUCUUUGUUGUGCCCUCAUUGCUCUUGUUCCUGGCGUCCCAUCCAAAUGUAACUAAAGAGCAUCUGAGCUCUAUCGAGGAAAUCACUUCAGGGGCUGCGCCGUUGACUGAAGGUCUGUUGCAGAAAUUCAGGCAGAAACUCGACAAUCCUGAUGUGAUGAUUCGUCAAGGGUAUGGGAUGACUGAGACCAGUCCGGUAACGUUCAUCAUGCCAAAAUUGACUCCUCCGUCCAAGAUUGGCACCAUUGGAAUACUCUAUCCAGGCACGGAAGCCAAGGUGAUCAGCCUGGUUACUGGGGAAUCUAUGGGAACGCACCAAACUGGAGAACUUCUCGUAAGAGGACCUCAGGUCAUGAUGGGGUACUUGAAAAAUGAAAAAGCCACUGCCGAAACGAUUGAUGAGGAUGGCUGGUUGCACACUGGAGACGUGGUCUACUAUGAUGAAGACCACUAUUUUUACAUUGUCGACAGAUGCAAGGAGCUCAUUAAAGUGAAAGGAAAUCAGGUUUCACCAACUGAACUAGAAAAUUUGAUACUGGAAAUCGAAGGAAUUAUUGACGCGGCAGUGGUAGGAGUGCCUGAUGAAUUGGCAGGUGAAGUACCAAGAGCUUAUGUAGUGGCUAAACCAGGCGAGAAUAUCAACGAAGAAGACAUAAAAAAAUUCAUCAGUUCUAAAGUGACGCACUACAAAAAGUUGGCGGGCGGUGUUAAGUUCAUCCAGGCCAUUCCACGCAACCCCAGUGGCAAAAUCCUCAGGAAUGAGCUGAAGAUCCAGAACCCUUAAAACCCUGCGGAUUUCGAUAUGUAAAUGUGCGUUUGACUCUUUUUGGCGAAUAGUUUUUUCGAAAUUCUGAGCAAUGUUGUAUUGCAGGAUUGACUGAUUUUGAAUACGUGUGAAUGCACUAAAAUUAAGAUUUAAUUUAUUAAUCAAAAGCCGAAUACUUUCAAAGUAUGUUGAUAUUUCUGGAGAAUACUCCGGUUGUUACUCGUUGAUUUUGAGAGAGGGGGAGCAAUAACUACUAUUUAUCUCAAAUUGCGUUUAUUUAAUUUGCCAAAUUGGUAUUGAGAUCGAAAGUUACACAAACUUAAUUAUGUGAUGUACACAGACAAUUUUUUUCUAAGUUGAAAAGUAGUAGUAGUUUUUUAAAAAAACAUCAAUAUUUAUAGUUAUAGUUUGUAAAUAGUAUUGUUAGAGAUUUACCAGACUACUUUCGCAUUGGAUUUUUUAAUAAAAUUAAAUUUUGAAAAUG